GUCGGCGGGUCUGCGGGCGGAGCGCGGGGAGCCGGCGGGCGAGGCGGGGCUUGCGGCCACGCCCCCGCGCCUCCCGGGCUGUGCUCGCAGGUUGGGGCAGGCCGGCGGCCGUUCACCCCACCGGAGCAAUGGCGGUCCCGGGCUCGCUGGCUGAAUGUGGCUACAUCCGGACCGUGCUGGGCCAGCAGAUCCUGGGACACCUGGACAGCUCCAGCCUGGCCCUGCCCUCCGAGGCCAAGCUGAGGCUGGUGGGCAGCGGGGGCCGCGGGGGCCAGGCGGCCAAGAGCCUGCGGAUCCAGGAGCAGGUGCACCAGACGCUGGCCCGCCGGGGCCGGAGCUGCGCGGCCCGCGGAAAUCUUCACCGAACUAGCAGCGUUCCGGAGUACGUCUACAGCCUGCACUUGGUGGAGAAUGAUUUUGUUGAAAGGUGUUCACCCGUCACGAGGGAUUAUGACAUGCUAAAGGCCGGCGUGGCUGCCACUUACGGCAGUCGCUGGGGCAGAGGGACGGCGCAGUACGGCUCGCAGAAGUCGGUGGAGGAGCGGUCGCUGAGGCGGCCCUUGCGCAGACUGGAGAUUUCCCCGGACGGCAGCCCCGAGCAUGCUCGCUACGCGCACAGCGAGUACCCGUUCGCCUGGAGGAGCCGCGCGGCGCCCGGGGCGCGCCUCACCUUGCCACGCUACGCGCGCUCGGAAGUCCUGAGCGUCCGGCAGGCGGGCGCCGCGCGCAGGCCUCCCGGCUACGGGUCGCUCAGCGACGCGGCCUUCGUCAGCGCGGGCAGCCUGCUAGAGGAGGUGCGCGUGGGCCCCGCGGCCAAAGUCCGGCCGCAGGGUGCGCUCAGCAGGGCGGCGCGCGCCUCCUGGCCACGGAGCUCAGUGCGCAGCGCCACGCGGGACCCGGGGCGGACACUGCCCACCGCGGGCCAGGCGGCCGCGGGCGAGGACCUGCGCGUGGAACCGCUUGGGAAUGCAGAUGUGCAGAUGACCCUGGAGCGAGCUGUGAACAUGCUUGAUGCAGACCAUGUGCCGCUGGCCAGGAUUUCUGCUGCAGCUACUUUUAUACAACACGAGAGCUUCCAAAAAUGCGAAGCACGGAAAAGGGUCAAUCAACUUCAUGGCAUCCCUAAGCUCCUGCAGCUGCUCAAAGUUCAGAGCGAAGAUGUUCAAAGGGCCGUGUGUGGGGCCUUGAGAAACUUGGUAUUUGAAGACAAUAACAACAAGUUGGAGGUAGCUGAGCUAAAUGGAGUACCUCGGCUGCUUCAAGUGCUGAAGCAAACCAGAGACUUGGAGACGAAGAAGCAAAUAACAGGUCUGCUUUGGAACUUGUCCUCCAAUGACAAACUCAAGCAUCUCAUGAUAACAGAAGCUUUGCUCACCUUGACAGAGAGUGUCAUCAUCCCCUUUUCAGGGUGGCCUGAAGGAGACUAUCCCAAAGCCAAUGGCUUGCUUGAUUUUGAUAUAUUCUACAAUGUCACCGGAUGCCUAAGAAACAUGAGCUCAGCCGGCUCUGAUGGGAGGAAGGUGAUGAGGAGAUGUGAUGGACUCAUUGAUUCCCUGGUCCAUUAUGUCAGGGGUACUAUUGCAGACUACCAGCCAGAUGACAAGGCCACAGAGAACUGUGUGUGCAUUCUUCAUAACCUCUCCUACCAGCUGGAGGCAGAGCUCCCAGAGAGAUAUUCCCAGAGCAUCUACAUGCAAAACCGGAGUAUCCAGACUGACAGUAACAAAAGUAUUGGGUGUUUUGGCAGUCGAAGUAGGAAAGUAAAAGAGCAAUAUCAAGACAUCCCAAUGCCAGAGGAAAAGAGCAGCCCCAGGGGUGUGGAGUGGCUGUGGCACUCCAUUGUGAUAAGGAUGUAUUUGUCCUUAAUCGCCAAGAGUCUCCGAAACUACACACAGGAAGCGUCUUUAGGAGCACUCCAGAAUCUCACAGCAGGAAGUGGCCCAAUGCCGAUGUCAGUAGCUCGAACCAUUGUCCAGAAGGAAAACGGCCUUCAGCAUACCCGAAAGAUGCUGCAUGUUGGUGACCCCAAUGUGAAAAAGACUGCAGUCUCCCUGCUGAGGAAUUUGUCACGGAAUCUUUCUCUGCAAAAUGAAAUUGCCAAAGAAACUCUACCAGAUUUGGUUUCUAUAAUUCCUGACACAGUCCCAAGUACUGACCUUCUCAUUGAAACUGCAGCCUCUGCUUGCUAUACAUUGAACAAUAUAAUGCAAAAUAGUUACCAGAAUGCACGAGACCUUCUGAACACUGGCGGCCUACAGAAAAUUAUGACCAUCAGCGCAGGCGAUACCUAUACCCCCAACAAGGCCACCAAAGCUGCUUCCGUCCUCCUGUACUCUCUGUGGACACACACAGAGCUCCAUAAUGCCUACAAGAAGGCUCAAUUUAAGAAGACAGACUUUGUCAACAGCCGAACUGCCAAAGCCUACCACUCCCUUAAAGACUGAGGGACAGCAAAAAUAGACUCAGAAAUUUCAACUUCAUAUUUCUCCACUACGAAAAAAAACCCAGAGGAAAACACCUAUUUUUCUACUACCCGACCCAGGAGACCUCAAAAAGCAAGCCUUGUUUGUAUUCUUUUCUGUUCCCAUGGUCCCUAAAAUCUAGAAAAUGAAUAAGAAGAAUGUGACAUUUUUUAGGCAUCCUGAAGACUUUUGCAAGUUAACCACCGUUUAUACUCACUACAGGAUCUGUUUUAACCUCUAGAAAUAAUGGGCUUCAUUGUCCGAGCUUACACGUUUGUGAUUCACGCAGCGUGAACAUUAAAAGAAUAUGUGAGAAAGGACGUUGUAUAACACAGACUUUCAGAAGUUUGUUUACACUGAUGCCCUGUUUUGGUUCCAUUUUCAUCCUUCAUCUGCACAUUGCUUCUCAGUUGAGGCACAGGUGUGUGUUCUGUGCUGUUGGAGCAACAGAGAGGACAGGAAGUGUUCCCAGCUACCCAAGGGACUGUCAAUAGCAAAAUUGCUUACUUUGUGCUUGUUUUUAUUUCCCUGGGUUCAAUUUGUUUUACUUUGUUUUUUCUUUCUCUGAUUCUAAGUGAAUGUUAAGAAAUUUAGAUUAGAGAGAGCUGAUGACAGUAAGAAAGGGAAGUUGAGAAGUGAUCACGGGAGAGUUUAAAAUGAUUUUUAAUAGGAAGGCAACUAUUAGUGAUGAACUUCCAAGUUUUCCAAGGGUUGUGUGAGACUUUUGCUCAGAGAUACUUCACUGUGGUCAUCAAAGAUGUGACUUUCUAAACAGAGUCAGUGAUCUGUCUCGAGCUUUCCACCCACCUUGAUGAACUAGUAUAAACCAGACUCUGUUCCUUAGCAAGAUUCCAGGAGGAGCCAAGGGCCUCCUGGGCAGCCAGGCCAGCCAGAGGCACCGAGAGCAGCCCUUUUUGAGUCAUAGUGUCAGUUUUGUUCACUUUUGUCCAACUUUCAAAAAAUAACACAGGGUCACUAAGUCACACAAGUUUUUCCUUAGUUUAAGGCAAAGAAGCUGUAAAGGAGAAUGGGAAGAAGUCAUGCUGAAGAGGAAUUAAGAUGGUAUCAAAAGCGGUCUGAGCUAUGUGGGAAAUACCAGCAGAUGGGACUGCUGUCUAAGGAAGUGAAUCUAAGAGAAAUGGUUUGGAAACUGGCAGUUAAAAUCAUUAGUCCUCUUUAUUUUUUGUGGGGGUGAAUUUUGUUUUUGUUUAUUUGCUUGAGACAGGGUCUCCCUGCAGCCCCAGAUGGCCUGGAACUUACUUAUAUAGACCAGGCUGACCUUGAUCUCACUGAGAUCUCUGCCUGCAUCUGCCUGCUGAGUGCUGGGAUUAACAGUGUGCGCUGCUAUGCCCUCACGUUAGUCCUCCCUCACGUUAGUGCCAUAAUUGUUUUAGGCUUUGGUUCUUUGAAGUCUGACAUUGUUUACCAUAAGGAAGGAAGAAAAGGAAGAGCCCUCAGCCGCUUAGGCUGGAAAAAGAAAAUGUAACAAGUAAACUCCUAUUUCUAAUUUAAAUGUGUACUUAAUUCUCUAUUUUUUUGGAACUUAAAAAUAUUUUCAACUUUAAAAGCUUCAGCUUAGCUAACUAACAAAUUUAUUUAGAUACCAGUUUUUAAUACUGAAGAGACACUGUAUCUUUCACCAGAUUUCCAGCAAUAAGCAUUUAGCAUUGAUGUACUUCUCCAGAUAGGUGAUACAUGUUUAAAGGGGGGGGGGUCAGGUCAUUUGUUUUUUGUUUUGUUUAGGGCCUUUUUUUUUUUGAGACAGGGUCUCCCUGUAGCCCCAGCUGUCCUAGAACUCACUCUGUAGACCAGGCUGGCCUUGAACUCACAGAGAUCCACCUGCCUCUGCCUCCCGAAUGCUGGGAUUAAAGGCGUGCACCACCACGCCCAGUGCUUGUUUGUUUUCAAUGCCUGCUUUUUAAAGGCAUUCAUGUAACCUUCAGUUACAUUAAACACAAAAUGAUGCAAAAGUA